CGUAUUUUGCUUUAUGUUCAAACUUUACUAAUACCUAUAUUUUUUUCUUCCACAGCUCAAACUUGUAGAGACAGAUGGAGACGUAUAAGAGAUAAUUACAGACGCGCUAAAAAGUUAAGGAAAACAAAAAGUGGACAAGCUGCUACAAAUAUGAAGAAACCAAAAUAUGAAGAUUUAUUAUCAUUCCUUAUCCCCUAUAUUAGCAACGAGGAUGAAACUUUAUCAAAUUUUCCACCAAAUAAUGUUUCCCAAGACUCAAGUAAUGAGGAUAAUAGUCUUUUAGAUGAUAUUCAUAGCCGUGAUAGCUCUGGUUCAAGUGCUGGUACUUCACAAAGCACUAUAAGAAAUCGUCCUGGUUCUUCAAAAGACAGUUCACCUCGUCCUUAUAAAAGAAAUUCUAGAUCUAUAGAUAUUCCACCACAGCUUUCACCAACACACUCGUUAUUGCAAGAGUAUUUAGAAAAAAAAUAUAGGGCCCAGAAAAAUAAAUCUGACAAAAUAGUUGAGUUUUUCAAGAACAUGGGGGAGACUGUUUCAAACUUUCCGGAAGAUGUACAAAUUAGUGUAAAACGUGAAGUUUUUAAAAUAGUUACCGAUGCAGAGGAGUUGGUUUUCAAGGAGAAGUCUAAACCACAAUGUGUAUUAGAAAUAUCUCAAGAGAGCGCACCGCCCAUAAUCGUUGUUAAUUCAAACGAUGUUGAUGCCCAACCUUCAAACCAAAUAAUAACACCAACUUCAACAAACGUGAAUCCAACUGAUAUUGACACACAGGAAGAGAUUUCUCUUGAUCUUGAUGAUAACGCAUUAAAUGCUUUUUUAAAUUCUAUUCAACAAAAAAAAAAUAACCAAUGAAUGGUAUUUUUUGAAUGUUUUGUAAAUUAUUUUUUUGUGUUUUUGUCUUGCAAAUCAUCCAAAUAGAGUAAAAAUCACCUACAGUAAGCUGUUCUUUUUGAAGUCUUGCAGCACUAACUUCUUCAGAUGGCUUUAAGGUAUUAAGAAUAUUAUUUAUUUCAAUCCACACAUUUUCAUUUAGUAUUUCGAAUCACAUCCACACAUUUUCAAAUUUCGUCACAGUUGUCGCAAAAAGUUUUAAGCUCUAUUAAUCUUUCUAACAUGUAAUACGUAGAGGACCAUCUAGUGCUGUAAUCAAGAAUUGGCUUUUUUAAUUUUUCCAAUCUUAUCUUCAAUUUCAUAAGUGGCCGACGUAGUAUUCUUACAACACUACGACAUUUUUCAAUUACAACUUCAUGAUCAUGUUUUGGAACGUCUUUGAUUUUAAUUAUUUUGAAUCAUUUUUUUUUAAUUUACCUAUGUUGACCUUGGAGAUGCACGCGAAUUGUUGACAUUGUGAUAAUUAUUACUAAAGUUUUUGUUUGUGUUUGCGGAUAUAAUUGGAUUGUUUUGUUUGUGUUCUUGACGGAUAUAAUUGGUUUUGGUGGUGGUUUGGUGUUGUUAUAGACAUUGCUACUGGUAGUGGUUUUAUCAUAUUUAAGUAUAUAUUUAGCUUGAUUAUGGCUCCAACUGUAAAAAAAUCUAAAACCUGGGAGUAUUUAACGGAUUUGGGAGGCUACAAAGCCAAUGUAUUUGCACGAAAAUUUUGUCGCACAAGGGUGCAGGCCCCUAUAAUUUAACCCGACACUUAAAAUCCGCUUACCCCCUUGUCUUAGCUGGGAUUCAGGAAGAUCGUAUAUCCAUAAAUAACCACGCUAAUGUUACUACACCUGCGAUUCCAUCUACUUCUCAAGAAGAGUUGUCGACAGCCUAUCCAGAUGGUUCCACACAAUCUGAGCAAACAACUUCAAUUCCGAAUCGUCGUCUUAUAGUUAAAAAGAACCAAAUUAAUGAAUAUUUUUCUAAACCGCUGUCAUUAAAAAAAUAGAAGCUGUGAAUAAGA